GUGUAACUAACUUUUUGAAGUCCGCUCGCGUAACAAACUUUUUGGAGGUUCUAUAAAGUCCGCGAGUGUAACUAACUUUUUCAGUCUCUUCACAAAGUCCCAGAGAGAGAGAAGAGAGAUUCUCUUCGACGAAGGCGAUUCGUUAACGGACUCCAUCCUCCUCCACCGUCUUCCACUUCUCUCUCCGUCGCGCUCGCUCACCGCGUCCAGAUUCACUCUCCGACUGAUCGCAAUGACAAGUGAAGGAAGUAACGGCAAGAUGAGUUCAUCGCAAACAAGAUCGCCUCUGGCGACGAUUCCUGAGAAUGUUGGCGAUGAUGUUGUUGAACGAAACUCAACCGAAGAAAACGUCUCGAGCGAAGAAGAAGCUGCUGCUAGUGAUGUGAAUCCUUUGUCUAGCGAUGCUGCUCAGAUCCUCCCAAUGCUACAGAACCUCUUGCGCAACAAUGACAUCCAGAGGGAGAGGCUAACCGGAUUGGUUCAACUCUAUGAUCCAGCUGCUGAAGACACAAACGCAAACGUGAAUGCGGAAAGCGAGCAGAUUGCAAGGGAGGCUGCUCUAGCUUCUCAGGUUUAUUUCUUGGAGCAGAGGUAA